AUGGAAGAGACUUCCGGAUGGAACAGGGCUUCUGGAGAAGGUAAUUUGGUAAGACUACUCUAUUUUGACGAGAGAUUGCCACGAUAUGGUGACUCGGGCCAUCUUUUUGGUAAUCUCGAGACCGAGGAGACCAGCUGUGCGCGAAUUAUUGCGGCGUAUCCGAGCCCGGGCGUCAUCGUGGUCAAUGUCAAUUAUCGACACACGCCCGAGUUCCAAUGGCCAACUCAAUUCAAUGAUGCAUGGGACUCUUAUGAAUGGCUGUCAACUCAUAUAUCUCGGUUGGGCGGCGACCCUUCUCAGGUCGUUGUUGGUGGGAUUUCGGCAGGUGGAGGAUUGGCAGCAUCGGUGGCGACGAGACACCAUGAAUUGAUGAUGGCGGGCCAAUCAUCUCUAGGACUCACGCUCAAAGGCCACGCUCAAAGAUCAGGUCCUGUGCAGCCCAUGGCUCCUUCACCCGUCCGCGAGUCCAUUCUGCAGUCACGAUUCAUCCUCAUUCAACAGAACCAAAUGGCACCUAUUCUACCCUGGUCGGCUGUCAAGCUGUUCUCAGACCUAUUGGGUGCUGCGGCCUUGACCGACCCAUAUUUGAAUGUGGCACUUAACACCCAUGAAAAGAUCAAGGGGAUGCCGAAAGCAAGUUAUCUCAUUGCCGGGUAG